UGGUCGGUAUCACGAGCUCUUUUAAUAUAUAAAAAAUGAAAUCAAUUUAUUUAAUAAGUGUUAUAGCUUUGCUAAUUGUGCCAAUUGCACACGCACAUUUGGACGAACUUCUUUUUGGCAUCGGUAAUACCGUGAGAGGUAUGCAGCAGAAAUUCGGUUUCGGGUUAUCUUUGGGUUUCAACGGACACCCCAAUAAUGGAUACCCUUAUGAUAGCUACAGUGAUGCGUACAGGCUGCAGCAAGAGAAUGAAUAUUUAAGGCGACAAUACGAAGCUAUGGUGCACAGGGACCGCAGACCUGACGCUGAACAGAUACACGUGCAUAACAACAAUUAUAUGGUGAUGAACCCAUAUGGUGUAUAUACUAGCGACCCAACACAACAAGGCUGACAAGCAAGUUCUGAUGAUGGUACGCAAGGUAAGGUCUUGUAAGCACAAGCAUUACACUCCAUUGCAUGAAUAAAAGUGAAAUUGUUAUUGAUAAAAUUCCAAAAUGAAAUGUCAAACAAAAGUAUAAAUAUUUUAAAAAAAUCAAUAAUUAUUUCUUAUUAAUUCCACAUUGAUAACAUAGAUGUGGAUUUAUUAUGUGUAAUACAUAAAUAUUAUAUUAAAAAGUUAAA